AUGGCCCACCCCCACCCCCAAGAAUACACCUCCGUCUGGUGGCCCGAGGACCGAAUCAAAGCGACUCUCAACACCAAAUAUGUCUUAAGCCGCCUCCGACCCGAGAACGUCCCGCGCCUAUUCGACCUCCCACGCUGGGGCGAGGGUUUAACCAGCGAGACAUACAUGGAAUGGAUCCUGCUCAAAGCAGGCCGUCUCUUCUUGAUCCUCGAUACAAUUGGAAUCCCCGAUCGCAUCUUUGCGCUCGUCGACGAAUCGUGCGAUGACGAUGAUCUCCCGAUCGCCGAACAGAACGUGGAUCGACUGGGUCUGUCGCCUGCGGGGAACGAUAUCGCCCUCGAUACUAAGUUCUUUCAUACGCAAUGGCGGUAUCUUGUGAGAGGAAUUGGUGAGGGGGAGCAUGUUACGUACACGCAGAAUGAAGGUGUGCCCGUGGAAGUUGUCCGCACUACCACGAGUAGUGACGUCCAGGGUCGGGAUGACACCGCCGAUAAGGUAGUUCUGGCUGGCGCGGUAUGUCGCGUCUACUUGCGCACGCAGAUCCAAGUUGGCGGUGCGCCGCAUUUCUUUUCGACGGCGGAGGUGCUGGAGGAGAUUCGGGGUUUGCGCGAAUUGGCGCAUCAACAUGUUAUCUCCAUCCAUGCUUCGUAUUUCGUCGACGAUACCGUCUGCGCCCUCUUCACCGGCGCCGAGACCGACCGCACUCUACAUAGCUUUCUGACAGAUGAACCGCCGACGUUCAAACGGCAGUCGAAAGAAUUUCGUCGCCAGACUCUGAUCACUUGGCCGCAUUGUCUCGCAUCAGCUGUGGCAUGGCUGCAUGCCCGUGGCCAUGCCCACGCAGCUAUCAGACCAUCCAACAUCCUCGUCGACCCCAAUUUCCACAUCUACCUGGGCCAAUUCCAAGCUCUAGACUCGCUCCUCGCACCACCCCGAGUCAACGACCUAGAAGCAUACCAAUACUCCGCCCCAGAACGCUGGCAAAACCCUCCUCCCAUCCGGCGGCCGCACAGGCCGACGCAAGAAACCCCCCGUCUAGCCCUAUCAACUCUGGACGAAAGCCGCUCCGCAUCCCCAGACCUCCCACGUCCAGACUCAGCCGCCUCAAAAGGGACAGUAAUCCGUAUCGGCCUACCAGGCUCACCAUCACGCUUCUCCUUCGUAUUCUCCUCAUCAUCCUCAUCUUCCUCCGCGGCAUCGACCUCCGGAAACACAGAUAGCACCAGAAGUCCAACACUCAAACACCACCGCAGCGCAAUCUGGAGUAGACCCAAAGCGCUCCUUUCCACACCAUCAAUCACAUCCUCCAAUUCCUCUACAACAUCGUCCUCAGCAGCAUCAACAACAUCCCUCGUCUCUUCGCCCCCAACUCGCCCCUCACCAUCCACAACCACCAACAUCACCCCCCAGCAACAAUCAUCAGACCCCUCCAAACCCUCCCUUCACACAUGGCACUCCACCCAAACAAACGCCACCCACGCAGACCUCUUCUCCCUCGCCGCAGUAACCCUCGACAUCCUAACACACCUCUGCAAACGCUCCCUCUCCUCAUUCGCAUCGCACCGCUCCGCGCGAAACCGCUCCGCCGGGCGAGGCGGCGGCAUGGCAGACGCAUCCUUCCACCUCGCCCGGAACGCAGUCCAGGUCCAAUCCUGGAUCGCACUGUUAGAAGGCGACGCGUUAAAACGCUGUCGACGUGAUCGUGGCAGUGAUCGCGCUUAUCACGCCGUACCGCGGAUGUUGAUCGUUUUGCGGGCGAUGUUGGCCGCAGAGCCGGAGAAGAGACCGCCUGCGAAGAGGGUGAAGAAGUGCUUUGCCUCGGCGAUCAAAGAAGUCUCGAGGAAGGGUGGGGAGGGGGUGGUGUUGCAUUGUGCGGAUGUGGAUAGGGAGGAGAAGAAGAGGAGAAGGAAGGAGGCGGAGUUAGCGCUGCAGAGGGAGAGGAAGAUGAAGGAGGAGAAAGAGAAGGCGAAGAAGGCGGCUAAGGCGGACUUGAUCAAGGAUGAGGAACCUUUCUUAGAUUCCACGUCUGUGUCUGAAUUCGACUUUGGAUUCACUGAUGGUGGAAGUGAUAGCGAAAUCGAUGAGGACCAGGAAGACCAGGCGGAUGUGGUUGAUCGGUCGAUCUUGGAGGAAGAGGAGGUGCCCAUCCAGGUCGACCGGGUGUCCCCUCAGCUGUCAUUGCCUGCUCUCGAUGUGCAUAUUAGUGGGAUGGAAGGUUUGACUUUCCGUCAUGUUUGA